UCUAGUAUCUUUCUUGGUUUGGGAUAUUGGAGUGUAAAACAUAUGAUCGCUUUAAAUACAUAAUUACUUUUUUAUUUAUUAUUGUAUUAUGUAUUUCUAUAUUUUAUGCUAUAAGAAUAUAAUAUUUUUUUACUUUUUCAUUUUUUUUAUAUAUACAAAUAUAUAAGCACCCGGUGCCGGUGUGUUACAUUAACACUUUGACUCCAAGUGCCUUACAGGUAACAAUGCAGAACACAAAGAAAAGGAAGACUAGCGGUCAAAACAAACCAGCCAAAAUUGUACCAGAAUCAGUACGGGAACCAGAUUUCGAUCAAUGGGCGUUCAUCACUACCAGGAGGCCGAUCACUUGGUUCUUCUGCGUGAGCCUCUUCGCCCUUCUGAUUCGCCUCGCCGUUGCGCUGCACCCCUACUCUGGCGCCCAAACGCCGCCGAUGUUCGGAGAUUACGAGGCUCAGCGUCACUGGAUGGAGAUUACGGUCAAUCUUCCAGCUAAGGAGUGGUACCGCAACAGCACGGAUAAUGAUCUUCGGUAUUGGGGCCUCGAUUACCCCCCACUGACGGCCUAUCAGAGUUAUUUCCAUGGCCUUCUGUUAAAAUACUUCGAUCCUGCAUCAGUCUUGCUACUCACGUCUCGUGGAUACGAAUCCUACCUUGGGAAGCUGUUGAUGAGGUGGACAGUUGUGAUGUCUGAUCUGAUGAUCUUCUUUCCUGCAGUGUUUUAUUUUGUAAUUGUCUAUUACUCUGGGAAAACCAAUGAGGAAAAGAGCAAUAUGGCCUGGCACGCUGUAAUGAUUUUGUUGAACCCAUGUCUCAUUCUGAUUGAUCAUGGCCAUUUUCAGUACAAUUGUAUUAGUUUGGGGUUAGCCAUAGCAGCUGUUGCUGCUGUUCUAUCAAGUAGAGACCUUCUUGGUUCUAUGCUCUUUUGCCUCGCUCUCAACCAUAAACAGAUGAGUGCAUAUUACGCACCUGCUUUUUUUGGCUAUCUUCUGGGCAAGAGUUUGAGGCGCCAAAAUCCGAUCCUUGAAGUCUUAAAACUAGGUUUGGUAGUGUUGGGGACCUUUGCUGUAAUUUGGUGGCCAUAUCUUUAUUCAGUGGAUGCAUCCUUGGAGGUUCUUUCUCGCUUAGCCCCCUUUGAUAGAGGAAUUUAUGAGGAUUACGUUGCCAACUUUUGGUGCACAACUACAGUCCUGGUUAAAUGGAAGAAAUUAUUCACUAUCCAGUCACUUAAACUUCUCAGUCUCACUGCAACUGUUUCCACUUUUCUUCCUUCUAUGAUUCAUCUUGUACGGUCACCAACCAAACGUGGCUUUCUUCUUGGAUUGCUAAACUCCUCUCUCUCAUUUUAUCUAUUCUCAUUCCAGGUACAUGAGAAAUCAAUCCUGCUGCCAAUUCUGCCGGCAAGCCUUCUGGCCUUGGAAGAACCAUUUGUUUUUCGGUGGUUGAUAUAUCAUGCUAUGCUGUCAAUGUUCCCUCUCGUAAGUCGUGAUAAAUUGGUACUUGCUUAUGGUGCUCUUUAUGGCCUUUUCAUCCUCCUCUACCAUGCGCCCUGUGGAAGGAAAGAUACAAAAACCGAGACUGGUCCUUUUCCUUCCAUUUUGAAGUCAUUUGCACUUGCCUGCUCCUUUUCCCUUCAUUUUGUCUACUUGACGGUUACCCCUCUGCAUAAAUAUCCCUACCUCUUGGAAGCUGUUAUUAUGCUCUUCUGUUUCUCGCAGUUUGUCUUGAUUUCGAUAUAUUCAAAUUCGAAACAAUGGGAGGUUUCUUGGACUUCUCGAGUGGAUGAUGAAAAGAAGAGCCUCUGAUGUACUUCUGGUGAACAGAUUAUUUUGCGAGGCAUGCCGUAGUUUUGAGAUAUUCAGAAAGUUGGAGGAAUUUGAGCCUGUGUCUGAGGCUCUUUUAUAGUUUAGUAUGUCACUAAUGAUGAUUUGGAUUUCAACAUCUCAUUCCUCUGUAUACUUGGAAGUUUUGUCUUACGACAAGUGACCCUGUGUCAAAUUUCAUCAUCACAAUCCUUUGACUGAAUUUGGAGUUUCCUU